AUGGAUGCUGGAUUACUUUUUGUACUGAUUUUCUUUUGUUGGUUAGAAAAUCCGACAACAGCAAUUUCUUUACAGAUCGAUACAAGCAUUUCUCAAAGAACUACCGCAUCUUUAGGAUUGGUUGGCGAUGCUGCAGAUGUUAAUACUACUACUGUUGCAGGUACUGUUCUAAUCGGUGGUGGUGAGGAUGUCGACCAAGCUUUUCAAUGGAUGAUCAAAAAGGCAGGUGGUGGCGAUUUUGUUGUACUUCGAGCUUCUGGUACUGACGCAUACAACAGCUAUAUUUAUGAAUUAGGUCCUAUAAAUUCUGUUGAAACAUUACUUAUUGACUCUCGUACUUUGGCUAAUGAUCCUCAAGUUGAAAAAACAAUUUUAAAUGCUGAAGCUAUAUUCAUUGCUGGUGGUGAUCAAGCAAACUAUGUUAACUUUUGGAAGGAUACCAAAGUACAUCAUGCACUUGAUUAUUUGCGUAAUGUCAAACAAAUACCAGUUGGUGGUACUUCAGCUGGUUGUGCUAUUCUAGGUGGUACUUAUUUCGGGGCUCUCCAAGGAACAGUUACUUCUCCCGAAGCUCUUAAUAAUCCUUACAUUAGUCUUGUUACUCUUGGUCAUAAAGAUUUUCUUAAUCAACCUUAUCUUUCUGAUGUUGUUACCGAUUCUCAUUUUGAUAAUCGUGAUCGUCAUGGCCGUCUUAUAACGUUUCUUGCUCGUAUGAGUCAUGAUCAUGGAAUAUUAGCUCGUGGCAUCGGACUUGAUGAGUCAACUGCUGUCUGUAUUGAACCAAAUGGUAUCGGAAAAAUAUAUGGUUCUGGUAGUGCUUAUUUUCUCACUCAAAAUGGAAUCGAUGGCACACCUGAAAGAUGUGAGGAUGGCUUCCCACUUGAUUGGUAUCGAAAUGAAAAAGCUGUAAUAGUAUACAAAAUUCAAGCGACCAUCGAUGGUGCACACAUUUUUGAUGUUAGUACAUGGGCAUAUGGUACUGGUGGCAAUCAUCUAUAUUACUAUGUACGUGAUGGUGUACUCUAUAAAACUGCUUAUUGA